UCGAGUCUUGUUUCCGAGAGUGCGGAGAUAUUUCCCUUGUUUGAGAGAUGGCAAUGGUCCUGGAUUCAUUUGUUUCAAGAUACAUUGAACAAGUGACGAGCUUUGUUGAGGGAGAGAUAUGCAAAGUGCUGGGCGUGAAGAAGGAGAUCAAGACGCUGCAGGAGAAGCUGGAGAUGAUCAAAUGUUACCUCGAAAGUGCAGAGCGGAAAAGCCGUGGGGAUCCCGGCAUCGAGGCCUGGGUGAGGAAGCUGAAAGCCAUCAUGUACGAUGCCGACGACAUCAUCGAUCUGUGCAUGAUGGAAGGUGGCAAACUGUUGGAGGCUCGGGGAUCGGCUUCGGCUUCGGGGGUAAGCUUCGCUUUCAGCUUUGUUUCUUCUUGCUUUCGGUGUACCAAACACCGCCAUGAGAUUGCGGGUGAAAUCGAAGCCAUUAAUGGUAGACUGAAACAAAUAGCUGAGGAUACCUCCAUCCUUAGUAAUCUACAGUCUUCUGGUAGUCACCAACCCCAACCCGAAAAACCAACUGUACUUGAGACGACUUCCUUGGAAGUCGAGGAGGACAUCGUAGGGGGACAAAUCGAUGUAGAUGCCGAUACUCUAAUCAAUGCCAUGCUAGAGGACACCAAACAAAAAUGUCGUAUUUUUGGGAUUGUUGGAAUGGGCGGAAUCGGGAAGUCCACUCUGGCACGUAAAAUAUUCAAUGAUGAAAGGAUGAGAGUCAAUUUUCCCAUUCAGAAAUGGUUGUAUAUCUCUAAGAAUUAUUCGGAGACGAAGUUACUCGGAGAGUUAAUUCGGUGCGCAUCUAACAAAUCUGAAGGAGGUGAAGCCAAACAAGAAUCUUUCGAGGGACAAAGCAAAUCAGAAUUGGAAAACAAACUUGCCUCUCUCCUCACCAAAAAUUUAUUUCUCGUGUUGGAUGAUGUCUGGAGUACAAAUUUAUGGAACGAUUUCCUCAGGAAACCACUAAGUAAAGCAGUAGGUUGCACGAUCUUAGUCACCACGAGGAAAGAAACUGUGUUAAAAGGUAUGAAACCCAGCUAUACCCACCCGGUGGAGAAAAUGGAUGUUAAUAGUGGAUGGAUGUUGCUUCGAAAUUUGGUAUUUGGAGCUGAGGAGGAGGAUGACGAGCGUAGGUUGCAAGAAGUAGGCAAGAAAAUUGUUAGAAAAUGUGAUGGUCUUCCCCUUGCCAUCAAAGCUAUCGCAGGUGUUCUUGUUUGUAAUGAUAGGAGCAUAGGGAAGUGGGAAGAAGUCCUCGAAAGUGAUGCAUGGAAUAUGAACCAGAUCGACGAUGAAGUACCGGGGGCUUUGAAUUUGAGCUAUGUGGAUUUACCAUCUCAUCUGAAACAAUGUUUUCUGUACUGUUCUUUGCACCCCCAGAAAAGUGAUAUGUAUUACAAGGAAAUCAUUCGGUUUUGGGUAGCUGAAGGCCUUAUCGCACAACAAGGAAAUAGGCUGUUGGAAGAUAUAGCCGAGGAAUAUUACCAUGAAUUAAUUUGGAGGAAUCUUCUACAAGUGGACGCAGGUACCUUAGGCCAGAAAAACUUCUCUAUGCAUGACCAUUUACGAUCUCUCGGUGCAUGUUUGAUGAAGGAAGAAGGAAAAUUAAUUAGACAUGGUCAAAAAUUAGAUGUUAGAGCCAAUGCAAAGAUCCGUCGGUUGUCAGUGUCUAAAAUGGGGAGUAAAUUGGUACUGCCAGAUCAAAUUAUGCAAGACAAGUGUCUGAGAACCUUAAUUGUUAUUGAUUCCCCUCGAACCAAGAUAAUCGAGGAUAAUGUACUCAGAAUGUUACCACAUCUUCGAGUGCUGGAUCUGUCUUAUACAUCGAUCAAGAGACUUCCAGAUUGUAUCGGAGAUCUGUUGCAGUUGAGGUAUAUAGAUUUGGAUGAGACAAAUAUUUAUGAGAUACCAGAAUCUAUAGGACGCCUUGCAAACCUCCAAACUCUGAACCUCUAUAAUUGCGCAUAUUUGCACAGACUUCCUAACGCGAUCACCAGACUGCACAGUCUACGAUGUCUUGAUAUUGAAAAUGUUCCUCUGACUCAUGUACCCAAGGGAAUCGGAAAACUGAUGGAUCUUAAUCAUCUCGAAGGAUUUGUGAUCGGCCACAAUGAUCCAACGAACGAGUUGCAUGAGGAGGGAUGUGACCUAGAGGAGCUGCAAGCUCUUUCUAAGCUCAGAUGUCUGAGAAUAUAUGGGCUAGAGAGGGCAGUAACAGGGGUCUCGGUACUUGUGGAUAAAACUCUUCUCAGGGAGCUGACUUUAUGUUGGAUGCCUCCAGAAGAAGAUGGUGAUGAUGAGGAAGAAGAUGGUGAUGGUGGAGAUGACAACAACUCUGAGAAUGAUGGAGGUGAGGACGAGAACAACAAUGACGAUGACGACGAUGAUGAUGAUAAUGAUGAUGAUGAUGAUGAUGACGACGACAACGAUGGUGAUGAGGAUGAUGACAAUGAUGACGAUGAUGAUGAUGAC